AUGAUUCCAACAGCCGAUUCACUGCUGCAAUAUGACAACCCAGUCUUGGUGAGCAAGAAUAAUUAUGUAAUUUCUUCUCUGGUUCAUGCUCCUCCUGUGAUGGCAACCUCCCAUCAGCCAGCUGGAAGCUCCCCAGCCCUCACUCCCUCCAAGCCGAAGUCCCUUGCUUUGGAAAUAAAUAGGGAGAAAACUGAGGAUAUCCUCCAUGCCAUUCUCCCACCGAGAGUGUGGUCAGAGGGUAGCAAGCUGUGGGUGCAGUCUGUGUCGAGCACACCAGGCACACGCAUAGACGUCAUUAAACUGCAGGAGCUGCUGGAUCUGAAGCUGCAGCAAAGGCAGGCUCGAGAGACUGGUAUCUGCCCUAUCCGUAGGGAGCUCUACACACAAUGCUUUGAUGAGCUGAUCAGACAGGAAACCAUCAGCUGCACAGAGAGGGGGCUGCUGCUGCUGCGGGUUCGGAAUGAGAUCCGUAUGUGCAUGGCUGCCUACCAGACUUUGUACGAGAGCAGUGUGGGCUUUGGGAUCAGGAAAGUGCUGCAGUCUGAAAUAGGCAAAGCUGAAUUGGAGAGAAAGAGACAAACCCUGGAGAAAGAUAAGAGGGACCUGGAGCAGCAGGUAAAGGACACAUGGGCAAAAUGUGAGGCCAUAAAGAUAAGAGAGAUGGAGCGACGGGAAGCAGAGGACAGGAAGCAUGCAGAAGAGAUUGAGUUCCUGAAACGCACCAACCAGCAGCUCAAGUUCCAGCUAGCUGGCAUCACACAGAAGAAGUGACCAGAACCACAUGCUUCACGUGAGAAACCACUCUGUUAAGGAAGUUGCCACUUUAAAGGACUUCUGAUACUGAAAGACAAAUAGAAGAAAAACAAAUGAAUCAUACAGAGACAUUCAUAAGAGCUCUAAAGUAUAGACAAUCCCUUAAUGAUUUUUUAAAAUAAUUAAUAUGUUUCAAAAAUAUUUGUGUGUGUAACAUGAAAUGGAAAAAUGUAAACUUUGAACUGUACCUGUAACUGACUUUCUUUAAGAACUUUGAAAAUAUUAAUUGGCUGGUUUGGCUUGGUAUAGGGCAUUCCAUGUUGAAACCCAUGAAAAAACAGAAAUAUGAAAUUGUUCCAGUGCUCAUUGUAUAAAAGCAAAAAUAAAGCCUGCCAUAAUUCCAUAACUUGCUCAGCUGUGUAUGUU